AUGUCAGGGCAGUUGGAAUCGGAUCCCGACUUCGAAUUCUUCGACUCUUCCAAUGUACCCCUUGAAGCUGCGAAUAGCCCUGGCAUAUUCUUCGCUGAAGAUUUGACGACGGAUAGUUCGCAAUUUUUGGAUGCCUGCUCACCAGCGCCUUCUGUGUAUAAAACCCCCAAUCAAGGCCAGGCAACGUUAAUCGACACGACGCUGCAACAUACUUUCUCUGCCCCCUCAACCGCCUCUCCUGCUGGCUCUUCCCCGGACUCUGGAUCAGACUCCUCUGAAUACAAGCGCAAAUCGAGUUCUGAAUCAUCCCGGUCGGCGUUGACACUAGGCGACGCGGUAAUGGCAGAUGAUGAAUCCAUGGGGAUUUGGAAGGCGGAGGAAGCCCGGGUCGGGAAAGACGGGCGGGGGUUUGGCGCAUUCGAUGGAACAAUUAAUCCUGCGUCGAUGAAUACCAAUUUUGAGUUCAACGACAAGACAAUGGAGAAUGAUUUCGACUUCGAGAGUGCGGCAAGUAGCCCGAGUCCAUUUGGAACCGGCCCGAUUGAUAUGGAGUCGUUGGAGAUGCCUACUAUCAAGUAUGAGCCCCACAGCAAGCGUUCGCCCAUGCCGAAGGCCAAGCUAAAUAGGAAUCACAACAAGGCAAAUUCGCAACAUUCUGUAACCCAGUCCAUGAAAGGUCUCACUACAGCUGGGUCCAGGGAAGUCUCUCCACUGUCUGCCAUGAUCACCAGCCAAGGGUCUUCUCCCUCCGCAUUUUUCAACAAUUCCCCGUCUCCGUCCGCGGGUAUCGAGUUUGUGAACGGGACAAUGCUUGGUGGUCACCCCUCCAAUCCAGCAUGGCCCACGCGUUUCGAAAACUUCCCGAACCACGGAUUGCCUCACUCACAGCAAGAAGCAAAUCACCAUAAUAUGCCGAGGAUGGCUCCGUCCCAAGGUGUUCCACCGAUGGGACCUCCAUAUAGGCCAAUACUUACCAUUCAUCCGACGCCUCUAAAAUCUAGAGUGGAGACCCAAAUACCGAUUAAAAUGACCCUUUUUCCAGUACCCGCAGGUAUCACUAAACUCCACCUCCCAACCCAUACUAUUUCGAAACCAAAGCUUCUAGCUAAACCACCCCCUGAAAGGUCUCCUGAGACUUUGGAAUUAUAUACCACUUUGGUCUGUACUAGCGCCAUGCAGAACCCAGAGUAUCGGCGGCGUGCAUUUGAGCGAGCUGCUGCACCCCUUCGUCAAGAAGAAGAGCCACAAGAUAUUAAACCAGAGGACGAGAAGGAGGAAGAUAAGCCAGUAAACGGAGGCAACGUUGAGAUCUGCCCCGGGUGUAUAACGCGUGAGCGAAAACGAGCCGCCCGGAAGAAGGUUAAAAAGGUGGAGGAGGAGGAGUUGUGGCAUAAGCACGAGGCCAAACGCGUCAUUGUCUUCAAUACCCAUGAGAUUAAGGAUUGGCAGGCACCUACAGCCCAGCCGCUUUCGGACACAACUGGCGAUCGAGCAGAACCGUUUGUCCCUGAGGGGGCUAUGCAAGUAGAUGCCCCUAUGCGGAUUGCUUGCUAUUGCAGACACCAGAACGAAAAGCUCGGGUUCCAGGUUAUAUUCACGAUCAAGGAUUACCAAGACAACUUGAUCGCUCAGGAGAUAACAUCGUCUAUUAUGAUCACUGACGACCACAAGACCCACAAUAUGGCACCCUUAACGGCACAGACGUCGAAUUCAUCGGACGGCCAGAUGUUUUCAGGGGCCGGAUCGUUCCCUAUCGACAACCAAUUCGAUCCUAGCACUGGUCCUGUUGGGGAUGCGGGGCCUUUCAACCUCUCCCAAUCCAAUUCAGAUUUGCAAGCUCUGCGUGGUAACAUCAACCUACAAUUCCCCGCUUCGAUCAACUUGAAUCCACCAUCGCAUCCCUCGCAGGCCACCUCUACUACCAUAACACCUCGCAACCUCUCCCGCCAAUCAUCCCCAUCUGCCUCAUCAGGGCCUAUAUCAAAAAAGAGGAAGGCCAGCAGCUCUGGCAAUCUCCCACCAGGAUUGGCUAUGACAAAGUUAGAGACAGGGCCUGUAAGCCCGGGACAGGCAGGGUCAUCAUCUAUGAAUGCCGCGACUUCUACGCUUCCGUCACCAUUUACACCUAACAUUGCCUCAUUUUCUCCGCCCGACCAGUCUUUUGGCCAACCCCCAGCAAAUAUGCCUUACAUCGCCCAUCCGUUCACCACUGGACCCCCAACCCCAAACAGCAAUGAUCAUGUCUUCUUUUCCAAUAAUAACCGAUCUCAGUCUAUGGAAAAUGUGGCCAUGGCGCAACCGAUGUAUUCUGCGCCUGUUUCUGCCCAUCCCAGUCGAGCUCCAAGUCCAAACGGUAUGAGAAAUGGCGUACCGGCCUAUCAGCAUCAGCAACAACAGGCUCAGAUUGCUCAAGCUGUCGCUAAUGGGUUGUAUGGCAUGCCUCUAAGCCUUAACCCACACCGUCCCCCAACUAUCCAUAAACUGAUUCCCAAUGAGGGCCCGAAGAGCGGCGGGAUCGAGGUAACAUGUUUAGGGAGCGGAUUUUGCCAGGGGCUCGAAGUCAUGUUCGGAGAUUCCAAAGCUACGACGACUACUUACUGGGGCGAAACUUCGCUUGUAUGUCUCUUGCCGCCUUCGGCAUUUGCCGGGACUGUACCGGUGACAUUCAAGCAUCAGCAUCAACAGCAGAUGCAACCAUAUCCUGCGCCACUGGUCCCGAAGCAGCAAGCUUCAUUCAAGUAUGUGGAUGACGAUGAGCAACAAAUCAUCAGAACCGCGUUGGCGGUGCUCGGCCACAAGAUGACCGGCAAGAUGGAAGAUGUUCGCGACCUUGCUCGGCGUAUCGUUGGGGACGGGUCGUCUUCAUGGGGAGCACCUGCACAUCCAUCAUCUGGAGGAUCUGGAAGCCAGCAGGGCUCCGGGUUCAAUGCUGCCUCGUUUGGCGUUGAUGUGGAAGCAACACUUUUGAGAUGCCUGGACCUCAUCGAUCUUGACGACAGUCCAAACAUGCCGCGGCUAAAUCUCAGAAGAGCGUCUGGGCAGACUAUGCUCCACCUCGGCUGCUCACUUGGGCUUACUCGUUUUGUUGCUGGGUUACUGGCUCGAGGUGCCAACCCGGAGCCGCGAGAUAAAGGUGGCUUCACACCAAUGCAUUUUGCCGCCCUUCACAAUCAUCCCCAGAUUGUAAGGCGACUAAUGCUUAGUGGAGCCGAUCCCAAGGCACGAAGUUUGCAAGGUUACACCUCUGCUGACAUGGCAACUUCAGCGGAAGUUAUCCGUAUGACUCGGCGUGUAGAACAUCACUCGAGGACACGCAGUGGUACUUCGCUAAGAAGCAGAACCAACAGUGCUACAUCCUUGAGGUCUCUCUGGGAGCCAAGCUCAGUACCAGCGUCUGUCGAUCACGAUUCUAGUGAUGACAGUGAUGCUGGCGAGAACGAAUAUGAAGAUGAGGAUGCCGAUGCCGCAAAUGAUGGCGGAUUCUACAUGAGGCUGAGGCGCCCGAGCACCCAGAAAGCCAAGGCAGAGGAGAAAGAUCCUGUUUUGGAGCUUCCGGCUAUUGGACCUGCCGCAGGUCUUGCGUCACCAACUGCUGCGAUGGCGGCUUUCCGAGACCAAUUUACUGCUCAUAUCCAACAUCUACACCAGACGAUGCAUCUCAAUCUCCCCAACCUGCCCCAGAUGCCCAACCUUCCCGACUACCAAGCCUACUUAAACCCGUUACAUCCUGCUCCUAUGGUCCGCCGUAUCAGCAACCUAGUAGGGAACAACCGGCAAGAAGGCUCCAAAGAGCAGGAUUACAAAUGGUGGGAUCUAUUCUCCGGCAUGGUGCCAGCUGCACCUCCAGCCUAUGAAGAUAUCUUCCCGCAAGAUGGUGAGGCUACUAAGAGAGAAUCUGCAACACGAGCAGCUGCAGAUGCAGUCGCCGACAACAAGUGUGCGGAGAUAUUUGACCAAACUGAGAGUCAAGCUGAGAGCUCCACAUCAGCCGCGAAGAAGUCGGUGGUGUUGGAUACAGUGAGGAUCGGCAAUCAGCAUACCAUUACAAGAGAACAGCAGGACUUGCUACGGCUGGCGCAUGCUGAGAAGGUUAAGAGACUUAGCCGGGAUCGGAAUCUUUUCUUCAUUUGGAUUCCCCUCCUCGUCGUCAUCAUCCUCGCCAUGCUUUUCAACCGCGCGCCCCAAAUAUGGACGCGUGCUGCGACUUUUUACCAAUCCGUACGGACUUGGAAUACAAACCAAGACCGUAUCGUCGAAGUUCAAUAA